AUGGGCGACAACAAUCUUCUUCCCCAGGUCAUUAUUUCUUCUGUCGAAACAGAUUCCGACCAAGAUCUCGGAUACACGUACGACGGGGAUGGUCUCGUUCCCAUUGUUGAUGAUCAAAACACCACGCUCGGCGAUCUGAUCAGAGAAUACGAGAUUUGCGGCAUUGAUGGCCGUUACUGGACCCCGAAAUUAUUGCGCCACGUUCUGUCCAGAGAUCGAGUCGAGGCGGAACUCAAGAAAACGGAGCAGACUUGUGGCGAAUUGGAUAUUCCGCAACUUGUCAAUGCUGUUUGUCCGCAAGAUGAAAGCACUGGAUCGAAGUCGUACUUGAAAAUCUUUGCGCUCCUGGCCCUUGGAAAACAACAGAGAUAUCUGGCCAAGUUCAUCCGUGAUGGGGUCUGCGACGAGAAAUUGCCUAUCAUCAUUGGGGCGAUCUGCAAAGAGUUUCACCUUCACCGUGAGACAAGCCGGCCGUGGCGCAAGGCGAAGGAUUCCGCCGAAUUAGAAAACUGUGGCGCGUUUGGAGCAGUCACUCUGGUCGAGUUUCAUCCCACCAGUCAUUCUUUCGACGCCGCCCUUACUGGGGUAAGUCUGGUCUGGAAAGCGAGUCAUCAUUCCAUUAAAAUGAAUAGAAGCAGAAUUGCUAUCAAGACACUUCAUGACGAGAAGUUCAACGACGAGAAGCAAUUUCGCAGAGAGUUCGACCAAUUGAACCGAUUCAGUGGCUUCGUACAUAAGCAUCUCGUCACCACGUUAGGGGCCUUCAAGUACGGCAGCCAAUGGAGCUUCGUCUUUCCAGGUGCGGCGUGCGACCUUGACAUGUGCUUGGAGGAACAGAACCCUCCAUGGAAUCCUAAGACGGUGAGGUGGGCGUCUGAUCAACUUUGGGGGAUAAUGGGGGCGCUCGACACAAUACACAAUCCGCGGCACCUCCAUGCAAGCGGCAGAGGCGAGAAGCGAUACGGUAGACACGGGGACAUCAAGUGCGACAACAUUCUUUGCUUCCAGGAUGCAGUUGAGUCUGAUCAGCAUGUCCUGGUCAUCUCCGACUUUGGGUUAUCUGACUUCAAUCGCGAUACAAGUCGGUCCAACAUCCCAAACAAGACAAUCCCCGCUGUUCCAGGUUACCGCCCACCCGAGUGCGAUAUCAAGGGAGGCCUCAUUUCCAGAGCCUACGACAUAUGGACCGUGGGCUGUCUGUUCCUCGAAUUCCUCACCUGGCUUAUGGGAGGCCCUACCAGCCUCGACCAGUUUCGAAGGCAAAGGGAGACCAUGUUCAUCAAUGGAUCAAAGAACGACAUCUUCUUUUCUCUGAUGACCUGCGAAGAGAAAGGCCCCGGAGUGUACGUGGCGCAGGUGAAGGUCGAGGUCACCGAUUGGAUCCAACAAAUGAGACGUGAGAUGCAUUGUUCUCGCUUCAUCCAUGACGUCCUGGACCUGAUUCAAGAGGAAAUACUGGUUGUUCUGGAGAACAAUGAUGGACAGUCCUCGGGUACAAGGUCCUCGUCGGGAGAGCUCAGUGAUGCACUUCGGCGCAUUCGAAAUGCUUGUGCCAAGGACAGCUAUUGUAUACAGGGCGUUGCGGUAGAUAGAUGUCCCCCGACGAUCCCGGCUGUUGAGGUAGAUCUUAACGAGUUCGCCACGAAGAUGAUCCUCGAUCAGAAGCCACAGUUGAAAGAUCACAAAGGAGAAACGAGAAGGUCUAUGCUGCCUAAUCAAUUCCAGGAGAUGGACAAUUAGCCCGACCUGAAGUUUGGAAGAUGAAAGGUAUGAAAACUGACAAAACAAGAGAGUUAGUGCGUGGAAAUAGUUGGUUUUAUUUUAUUUUUAUUUCGCGGCUCAUUUCCCUAGUACAACAAUUCGGGCUUCCAUUUGUAGAAUAACUUGGCCCACCAAAUGGGCGAGCCCACGCAUGAAUACCAAUUUAGCCCAGGCAGAAAUCACUGGUAAUGAUCUGCCUUUUUGACAACGUGUCGUAACUGGACUUGCUCAGCCUGAAA